AUGUCCGCCGCUCCUUCUUCGACGACUCCAUCGUGUGUCACCUCGCCUACUGUGGAGGUCCCAUCAGGCAAAGUGUGGUUGAACUCUGACGAGCCCAAUGACGAGUACGCACUGUUCUGCACCGAAGAGAUCCCACCGAAAGCGCCAGGCACAAUUCGCAUCUGGGUAGACGGGUGCUUCGAUAUGCUCCACUUUGGACACGCCAAUGCACUGCGGCAGGCACGCCGACUCGGCGCCGAACUCUUCGUCGGCUGCCACAGCGAUGAGGAGGUGAUGCGCUUUAAAGGACCGCCAAUGAUGCACGCUGAGGAGCGCUAUGAAGCGCUGCGGGCGUGCAAGUGGGUUGACUACGUGGUCGAAAACUACCCGUACUGCACACGGCUCAAAGAUGUCAAACGUUUCGAGAUCGACUACGUCGUACACGGCGACGACAUCUCCGUCGACUUGGACGGCAACAAUUCCUACCAGGAGAUCAUCGAUGCCGGCAAGUUCAAGGUGGUAAAGCGUACUGAGGGCAUCUCAACAACGAACCUGGUGGGGCGCAUGCUCCUGUGCACCAAGGACCACAUGCUGAAGUCAGUGGACGAGGUGCAGCUGGAGAACUGCCUGUUCGAAGAAAAACCCACCAUGCACUGUCUGACCACCUCUCGCAAGAUAGUGCAGUUCAGCAACAACUCCAGCCCCAAAUCAGGUGACCGUAUUGUAUAUGUGGACGGUAGUUUCGAUCUCUUUCACAUUGGCCAUAUCCGCGUUUUGCGGAAGGCGCGCGAACUGGGUGACUACGUCAUUGUCGGCGUGUAUGAGGAUCAGGUGGUGAAUGAGCAGAAAGGCAAGAACUACCCAAUCAUGAACCUCAACGAACGUGUGCUCGGCGUCUUGUCUUGCCGUUACGUUGACGAGGUGGUGAUGGGCGUGCCGUUUGACGUCAGUAAAGAGGUCAUUGAUGAGCUUCACAUUGAUGUGGUCGUAGGCGGCAGGCUCUCGGAUGUGGAGGCCGGGGCGGGAGGGAGUACGGCGUAUGAAGUACCCAAGGCGAUGGGCAUCUACCACGAAGUCGACUCGGGCUGCACCCUCUCGACGGACUCCCUUAUCGAUCGCGUCGUCGAAAACCGCCUUGCCUUUCUGAAGCGUCAGGCGAAGAAGCGCGCCAAGGACAAGAAGAGUCAAGAGAGCAAGCCGGACGCGUUCCGAAAUGUGCAGGAGGUGAGCUAG